CAUGACGGCGUCCAAAGACAAUCUCGCGUAUCUCUUUGACCGCCCGACGGAACCCCUGUUCAUUGGCAAGGGCGAGGAUAAUGUCGUUUUCGAUAUUCCCGAGGAUUAUUUGACCGACCGGUACAAACCGGUGGCGGCUGACUUGCAGACCCGCUUUCCCGGCUCCAAAACCGUUGCGGUCAAGAAACUAGACAAACUCCCCGACUUGUCCCUACCCCUGUCUCUCGACAAGCACAGGCCGUUCACCCUGUUCAACCCGCACCACCGCACGGUGGCCAGCAGGCUCGUCACCGUUUUAAUGGAGGCCCGAACAACUGACGAACUAAUGUCCUUGGCCGUUUACUGUCGCGACCGGAUGAAUCCGUUUUUGUUCGUCUAUGCCAUGUCUGUAGUCAUGAUUCAUAAGCCAGAAACGCGCACCAUACAACUGCCUUCGCACGCUGAAAUGUUUCCCAGUCUCUAUAUGGACUCUUCUAUUUUCAGCCGUGCCAGAGAAGAAGCAUCCACCGUUUCGCCUGGCUCUAGGAUAGCCGUGGAAAUACCGCAAGAUUACACGGCGUCGGAUUUGGACAUCGAACAUAGGAUAGGGUACUUCCGAGAAGACAUCGGCAUUAAUCUUCAUCAUUGGCAUUGGCAUUUGGUGUAUCCAUUUGAAGGACCCCGUAGUAUAGUGGAAAAAGACAGGCGGGGAGAACUUUUUUACUAUAUGCAUCAACAGAUAUUGGCCAGGUACAAUUUAGAGCGUUUCAGUAAUCGCAUGAGCAGAGUGACACCUUUGAUGAACUGGAACGAACCUAUUUCGGAAGGCUACUUUCCAAAAUUGGACACCUUGGUAGGCAACCGUGUAUGGCCACCAAGAAGCGCCAAUACCAAAUUAACGAAUGUGCAGAGACAAAGUGAUCAAGUCACAUUCAACAUUGAAGACUUGGAACGUUGGAGAGAUCGAUUGUUCUUAGCCAUACAUUCUGGUUUUGUCAUAAAUACAAGAGGUCAACAAGAAAGGUUAACUGAGACUAACGGCAUCGAUAUCCUCGGUAACUUGAUCGAGGCUAGUUUACUGAGUAUUAAUCCGACCCUGUAUGGAUCCCUUCACAACAAUGGCCAUUUAGCUAUUGCCUAUGUUCACGAUCCUGAUAACCGCUACUUGGAACAUUUUGGUGUUAUGGGAGAUGCCACUACAGCAAUGCGUGAUCCGAUAUUUUACCGUUGGCACUCCUACAUUGAUUACAUUUUUCAAGAAUUCAAAGCUACUAUUCCUAGAUACACUAUUCAAAAUCUGACCUUUGAGACCGUUAGAGUGCAAAGUAUUGAAGUUACCGCUCCAGGAAUACCUCGGAAUGAAUUUGCAACAUUUUGGCAGCAGAGCGAUGUAGAUUUAUCUCGAGGUCUUGAUUUUAUACCACGUGGUUCUGUCUAUGCUCGUUUUACUCAUUUACAGCAUGCUCCAUUCUCUUAUAAAAUAAUAGUAGAAAAUAAUGGUGACCAACGAAUGGGGACAGUCCGUAUAUUUAUUGCUCCAAAAUACGAUGAAAGAGGACUACCAUUUUUGUUUAGAGAUCAAAGACAUCUUUUUGUCGAACUCGAUAAAUUUAGUACUCAACUGAGAAGAGGAAGAAACGAAAUUGAAAGACGUUCAACUGAAUCCUCUGUGACAAUACCCUUUGAAACAACUUACCGAAACUUGGAUGCUAAUAGACCUGCUGUGGGUACUAGUGGAGAAGCAGCGUUUAAUUUUUGUGGAUGUGGAUGGCCUCAAAAUAUGCUAAUUGCAAAAGGAACACCAGAAGGUUUACCUUGUCAACUGUUUGUAAUGGUUUCCAAUGGUACAAACGAUCAAGUGGAGAACUCUCAAGGGGAGGCUACUUGUGAUGAUGCUUCUAGCUACUGUGGUGUUCGAAAUGCGCGAUAUCCAGAUGCUAGAGCAAUGGGAUAUCCUUUUGAUCGACCACCAAGGGAUGGUGUUGUUACAUUACAACAAUUUCUUACGCCCAAUAUGACCGUUCAGGAUGUAACUAUUAGAUUCACGGAUCGUGUAGUUGCUUCAUUACAAUCUUCUGGAGCUGUUACUAGACCGAAUUCUAACAGACCACAACAAACAACAAGUACAGGGACUGGAAAUAAUCGUCCAACAACUGGAAGAAAUUGACAGACUUAAAUAUUUUAUAAUAUAAUACAAAUAUAUAUAUAUAUAU